AGAAUUUGAUCUCUCAUCAUCAUGCUGGUUUUGCUCUCUCUUUCUUCUUCUCAAGUGUUCGAAGAGGUACAAUUGUUGAAACCGACACAACAAAGACUCAGUUUUUAUUCAUACUCGAAGAAUCAGAAGAAGCGACGAUGAUUGAUUUAGAAAAUUCUGGAAUCGAUGAAGAAGAAGAAGUUAACGAGUCGCCGAAAUUGGUUUUUAAAUUCGCGUUUCAGACGGAAACUUUCGAGAGAUUAAGCAGAGAAGGGUAUAAUCAAUCAGUAACUGAUGAUUCCGGUGAGAGCGAGGGUGGAUUUUUGUGUUCUUCUUCUUCUUCUCCGGUGAUUUUUACGGCGGCGGCGAGAAAAUACGAGACACCGUCGGGGAAAAAUCUCACUUUUGUCCUCGAAAACCCAAAGGCGGCGACUUUUAGGGUUGAAGAUUGUUUGAAGGAGAAGCAAGAGAAAACAGAGGAUUUAGAGUACUCUGUUUCUCACGGCGAGGAUAAAGUAAAAACAGAGGAUUUAGGUUACUCUGUUUCCUCCGGUGAGAAGAAAGUAAAAACAGAGGAUUACUCUGUUUCUUCCAUCGAGAAGAAAAAAAUCAGAUUUUUAACAGAAGAAGAUUUUUUGGAAUCGGAUUCUGAUUUUGUUGAUUCAAGUCAGACAUUUACAAGCAACGACGAAGAUGGGUUUUUAUCAGAUUCGGAUUUCGCAGAGGAGAAAGGACAAAACCGUAAAAACGAAAAUUCUGGUUCUGGUUCUGGUUCUGAUUCAGAGGAAGAAGAAGAUACAAAUGGGUUUGAGAGUUUAUGGGAACAUCAAGAUUUGAUAGAACAACUUAAAAUGGAGAUGAAGAAAGUUAAAGCAAUUGGUGGGCUUUCGACAAUUCUUGAAGAAGAAGAAGAAGAAGAUGAUUGUCCUAAGAUCAUGGAAGAUUUAAAACCAUGGAAGAUUGAAGAAGAGAAGAAAUUUAAACAUGUUGAUACGAUUGGUGAAGUUCAUAAGUUCCAUAGAAGUUACAGAGAAAGAAUGCGAAAACUUGAUAUCUUGAGUUUUCAAAAGUCUUAUGCUCUUGAAGAUGGAAACAAGGACAAAAAGAAUGGAAGAAGAAGAGAUUACGAGGGAAAUGAUGACGGUGCGAUCAAAAGCGAUCAACUUGUGGAAAUAAUGGAGGAAACAAUUCGAUUAUUUUGGCGAUUUGUACGGUGUGAUAAACUUACUAGCUCGAUUCAUGAUCAGAAAUCGCGAACCAAAUCUCAGAUAGAACCGGAUCAUGAAGAAGACUCAGAAGAUCUAGAGAUGUUUGCCGAGGUUAAGUCACAACUUCAAAAUAAGGAGAAAAGGUUGAAAGAUGUGUUGAAGAGUGAGAGAUGUAUUAUAAGAAGAUUCCAAAAGCACAAGGAAGAAGAAUCAGCAGAAGAUCAAGUACUUCACUUCUUCUCACAAGUGGACAUGAAACUUGUGACAAGGGUCUUGAAUAUGUCUAAAUUGACUAGGGACCAUUUGGUUUGGUGUCACAAUAAGUUAACCAAGAUUAACUUUGUAAAUAGAAGGUUACGUUUAGAUCCUUCCUUUUGUCUAUUCCCUUGUUGAGAUUUUUGAUAUUGACUUGUACAUCUUAUGCUAUGCCUAACUAAAAGUACAUUGGAGUAAUAAUGAAAUAUAAAUUUUGGCCGUAUGUUACUGUAAAUAAAGCUCAUAAAGUCCAAUUUCUGGC